UGUUUCUUAACUCUACAAACCAAAUACUACCAAAACAAUUCUAUAGAUAUUGCAAUAAUGGGAACCUACAAUAACUCAAGUCUAAUAAUCCUUGGCUUAUUGCUGAUAGCCACAGCCUCAUCAGUGGCAAAUUCUUUGGACAUUAUCUCAGUCGUUCAAGUGAAUGUUGAAGGCACCCUUCACUGCUCUCUCCCUCCAGUCCCAUCUGGCUCCCCUACCCUCUCCGGAGUCUCCGUCUUUCUCUCCUGCGACAACGGCCUCACCACCAUGGCCAAAGCAACCACCGAAGUUGAUGGAAGCUUCAAGAUUGUGUACACUCCACUAACUAUCUUUCUCUUUGACCAGUUGAAAUGUGCCAUCUUUGUCAAAACCCCUAUUGCUAGUUGUAAUGUUUUCGCCGGAGCUUUGAUAAAAGCAACCCUUGUCUCCGUCAACUUGCUUGACAGCAUUGCUAACUACAACAGUGGAGAUUUUCAAAACAUUCUUUAAUAAACUAUGUACCACUUAUACGUACGUACGUUCUACGUAUUUCGUACGUCCGUAUGGCGUAUUUUUAUAGCAUGUUUUAUUUUAAUUAAAUAAUGUGGCUCUGCUUGGACAGACUAUGUAUGUUUUCAUUUGUUUAGGCAUUGUAAUGUGUGAGCUCUAUUUACAUAUGUGCUACUUUGUAUUCUACCGGUAACAUUAUAUUAUUAAUUAUAGAAAUGGGAUUUAUUUUCGUUUGUUGAAUCAUUCAUCUAACUAUU